GUCAAUCUGCUUGAUCCUCAGAAGCGAAAGUGGCUGGCAUGUGCCGAUCGAGAUGGUGCAUUACAACCCACUAAUCACACAAGCGUCCGUCUCUUGCGCUAGAUCUUGUAAUCUUGGCAAUCUAAUAAUAGGGCCCGCGUACAGCGUUUUAUCUAUCGGCAUCGGCGCUACGGGAAUAUCCAGGUUCAGGGUGCUGGUAAGUGGUACUAAGAUGGGUGCACGAUAUGGGGUGAGGCUCGGGCUGUAAGUGAUUGAUUUUCCUUGAUGUCAUCUUUACUGUACUGCUAUCAGGUAUCUUCCUGUAUCUGUUCUGUUCUCUUUGUUUAAGUUCAGCGCUAUAAAAUAUCACUAU